AAGGCGCCGGGGGACUUCCCGGAGCCACGGAGCCCGCGCCGCCCGCCCGCCUGGCCCACGGAGCCCAUGGACCUGAGCGCGGCCGCCGCGCUGUGCCUCUGGCUGCUGAGCGCCUGCCGCCCCCGCGACGGGCUCGAAGCGGCCGCCGUGCUGCGAGCGGCGGGGGCAGGGCCGGUCGGGAGUCCGGGGGGCGACGGCGGCAGCGGCAGCAGCGGGCGGACUCUCGCCCCGGCUGCGGGCGUCUCCGCUGCCCCGGCCGCCGCGGCUCCCGGAGUCCGCGCCGCGCGCCGCGCCGCCGGCUCCGGCUUCAGGAACGGCUCGGUGGUGCCGCACCAGUUCAUGAUGUCGCUUUACCGGAACCUGGCCGGGAGGGCUCCGGCCGGGGCAGCCGCCGCCUCCACCUCGGGCUCUGGCCGCCACGGCCGCGCGGACACGAUCACCGGCUUCGCAGACCAGGCGAACCAAGACGAAUCCGCAGCCGAGACCGGCCAGAGCUUCCUGUUCGACGUGUCCAGCCUUCCCGACGCCGACGAGGUGGUGGGAGCCGAGCUGCGCGUGCUGCGCCGCGAGUCCCCGGAGCUGGGCCCCGGCAGCGCGACUCCCCUGCCGCUGCUCCUGCUGUCUACGUGCCCCGGCGCCGCCCGAGCGCCCCGCCUGCUGCACUCGCGGGCCGCCGAGCCCCUGGCCGGAGCGCGCUGGGAGGUGUUCGACGUGGCGGACGCAGUUCAGCGCCACCGCCAGGAGCCGCACGCCACCCGCGCGUUCUGCCUCUUGCUGCGCUCAGUGGCCGGGCCCUCGCAGGGCCCGUUGGCACUGCGGUUGCUGGGCUUUGGCUCCCGGGGCAGGGACGGCGCGGCGGCCGAAGAGCGCGCUCUGCUCGUGGUUUCCUCCCGCACGCAGAGGAAGGGGAGCCUGUUCCGGGAGAUCCGCGCCCAGGCCCGCGCGCUCGGGGCCGCGCUGGCGGCGGAGCCGCCGCGGGACCCGGGACCCGGCACCGGGUCGCCGACAGCGGUCAUCAGCGGUCGCAGGCGGCGGCGGACGGCGCUGGCCGGGGCGCGGGCGACGCAGGGCAGCGGCGGGGGCGGGGGCGCGGGCCGGGGCCACGGGCGAAGGGGCCGGACCCGCUGUAGCCGCAGGCCGCUGCACGUGGACUUCAAGGAGCUGGGCUGGGACGACUGGAUCAUCGCGCCGCUGGACUACGAGGCGUACCACUGCGAGGGCGUUUGCGACUUCCCGCUGCGCUCCCACCUAGAGCCCACCAACCACGCCAUCAUUCAGACGCUGCUCAACUCCAUGGCGCCGGACGCGGCGCCGGCCUCCUGCUGCGUGCCCGCGCGCCUCAGCCCCAUCAGCAUCCUCUAUAUCGACGCCGCCAACAACGUGGUCUACAAGCAGUACGAGGACAUGGUGGUGGAGGCGUGCGGCUGCAGGUAGCGUGAGGGCCCGGCCCGGCCAGGGAGGGGGCAGGCAGCCGCGCCACCGAGGACCCCCUGCUGAAGAGCAGCUGUGGGCCGGGGCCUGUCACUGAGCGUGGGUGCGCGUCCGCCUCUGGUCCCGCGCCCGCACGGAGGGAGAGCGCACGUUCACACUCACACCAUCACUCACACCCACACACUCGUUCACUCAUGCACACCUUUACCGUGGGCAGCGUCCACCAGCCCUGGGAGCAGACGACCUGACGCUACCGAAUGACGCUUACCGAUGGGGAAUGACACAUCCCCAUCGUACCCGUCGUCCCCUUUUGGAGAGAGGAUGGUGUUUGUGGCAGUGUUAACAGUCACAGGCGCUAAAUCGGGUAGGAACGGGUUAGGGAAUUGGGGGCUCCAGAAUGGGUGGGCUAGUGGGGUCCUGGAGUACGUUUUGUCUGACCCCUUUCUGUUUGUGGCUGAGUGUAGGGGAGCACCUGGCUGGGUGGCUGAGUGUUUGGUGUUACACCCUGGGACCAACUGAACAGCUGUAAUGUCCUUUCUGAAGGUGUGCGUGGCAUGGAGGCCAUUUACUCUGGGAAGGAACCGCUGCAAAAGGCAUCUUUUUUCCUUAACUUAAAAAAGUCUAACAUGCCCUGUCAGUUUUGAAAGGGAACAUUUGUCCGAAAGAAUGCAUCGCGGGGAACUACCCAGAUCUGUGCAAAGGCCAGCACUACCCUUUUUAAAAAAACCAGUUCCAAUUAGGAAUGAUCUAGAAUGUGGGAAAAAAAAGUGUUUUUCUUUUUGGGGGAAGUGAAAUGGAGGAGAGUUUUUUAACUGCCAGCCUGAUGUGAUAAGGAGUUGGGGGGUGGGGUGGCAUGUGCCAGGUUCUGAAGCUCCUAUGGGCAGCUCAAGGAGGUAGUGAGCAAGCCUUGGGGGGUGCUGAGGAGGAGGCUUGGUGCAGUGACUGGGAAUGGGGAAAGGCGGGCGGCUCUGCCUAUUCCUAGAGACCUGACAGGAGGUUUUGCUAGGGAGCUGGGAAAGAGGCCGGGAGGCGUCUUGGGGCGGGCUUCUGCAGAAGACUCAGGCUUGUCUGCCAGGUAGGCGCAACCGGCUCCAAAGGGUGUGCUUACAAUGGGCCAACAUGUGCUUGCGCUUAGCUAUCAAGUCUGUGUCGGCUCUUACACGCCUUCACAGUGUUGUUGCUGUAGUUUUUGGCAGUGUGAUAGUAACGGGAAGUGAAGCUACACAAAAGUGCUUUUGUGAGAUUUCAGCUCCCCACAACCCAGUGGUGCAGAGCGGGGAGGAAGUCCCCCCUCCCUCUGCAGCGUGGAGGGGCAUUUUCAGUUUGGCUGCUGUGGCCCCUUCGGAAGGGCGUUGGGGGGCUUUGGUGUGGCCAAGCAGAGGUGGAAGCCUGUCUCCCAGUCCCCAUUGUUUUAUUUGGUUCAUUUCUGCCUGGGAGUCCUUUGUGGCUUUGAGGGAAGGAGGAGAAACAAUUUGGAUUCCACCUGUCCAGGGCUCCGAGGGCUUCUUUGAAAAACCCUGCAGCCCUGCUGGGUACUCCUAUUUAAGGCUCUGUUGGGGUUUCUCCUUUACGGUUCCUGGGAAAGGCAAGCAUUCCAUCCUUCUGGUCUUGGAUGGUAAGGUCCAUAGAUGAGUUAUUCAAAUUUUAAUUCUCAGUGAUUUAACGUGUAAGAGAGAGAGAGAGAUAUACUGAAGAUUUAGACAGCUAAUUGACUUAAGGGCCCCACCUGAGUCCUUUCUUAUCUUGUAAAAUUCCCUCAAAGGAAAAUACAUUUAUAAUGUGAAUUUAUAUGCUGUGGCUAUGUGAGUAGCUAUAAAUAAUAAGAUGUAAGUCUCUUUAGGUUAAAACAAACUUCCCAAAGCGGCAGCUUUGGUAUAUGCAUGGUCCCAUUACGUUUGUGGAUUUUGCCAGAGAAGCUUCACUUUUCUAAAUUGAUUUUAAUAAUUGCAUGGUGAUUGCCCUGUCAUAAUGAAGAAUAAAAAAUGACACUAAAAGGUUGUAGUAUUUGAAAUUUUAGAAAGGGAGUUAAUAAGAAACUCACUAUUAUUCUGAAAAAAUUCUAGGUUAUUUAAUAUCUUGGACAAAAGGAAACAUUUUGAUUCUUUUUUAGUGACUAGGAAAAACAAGUUUUGGGGAAGACAUGUUUUGAUUUAGCCUGACCUUUUUUUGCGGCAAGAAAAAAAUGUCCGUUUUCUUUGUUUCUUCCUAAUGACCUCCUUCCAUCGAGAUGUGUUGUAAGUGAUGUGGGAAGUAGGCAUCUUCCUAUGUCUUGAGGUCCAGGCUGCAUCAUGUGUCCUUGGGCAGUGACAGCUCCUUCCAGGGUCUCAGAUGCCCUCAGGGUGUUCUUGUUUACUGAAUGGAAGGAAUGCCUCCCGGAAUUGCUCUGGAAUUGGGUGGAGCCACCACAGACCACCUGUGCCCUCUACAACUCUGCCUGGGCCUCUGGCAUCUUAGAGUUCAAAGCAGGUGAACAGAGAAGAUGUGUCACACCUCGUAAAAAUGACAGCAAAAGGGCCACCGCUUCUGGGUUUUGCUGCUAUGAUGUGGUUCGACCAGCGUAGCCAGGAUUUGGAGAAGGAUUCUGCCAGCACGUUUGGUAGUAUGGUACUGUCUUCUAGGCAGUGGGGCACCGGGGGGGGGGGGGGGGGGAGAGGGCCUGAAUCACUCAGCUGGGAGCCCCAGUCCCCAGCCAUGGGAGAGCUGGCUGCUGGCAAGCAGAGAGAAAGUGUGUCAGGACUGUGAGUGAAGGCAGCCCCCCACCCUAUCCCGGCUUGGGCCCCCCUGGGUCUAGGGCCACCAAAAUAUUCUUCCUAAAGUACGUCGAGUUUUCCAUUUUGUGGGGAGAGACUUGUGUAUUCUAGCUGAGACCAUUUGAACCACUCCUCCUUGCUGGAGAACAGGGUGGGCAUCCCUGCUUGGGGAGCACAGGGCUGGUCAGCUGGGGCGUUGGUGCCUGGUCUGCCAAACACGAGGACAGGCUAGUCACUGCUUCUGGAAGCCAGACAUUUCCACUGGCAGACAGCUGUGUCCACUGAUGCCCAAAUGGUUCCCUGGUUGAAUUCUGGCGUUCCAAGCAGCAGCACUGGGCUCUCCCGAGAGGGUGGCAGGCUCUGUUGCCUUAGCUUGAGCUCUGCCUCUCCAUUAUGUACACACUCCCCUUCGCCCU